AUGAAAUUCACCGCCCUUCUCGCUGCCAGCAUUGCCGUCCUGGCCGUUUCCGCCAACGCCCGCACCGUGGGUACUCCCAGGGCCUUUGGCCCUGCUGAUCUCGAGCGUUUCGCCUCGGUUGUCCCUGAACACGAGGCCAACGCUGAGAUCCUGCCCUUCCCUGGUCCCAACCACAACGACGCCUUGGUUCGUCGUGCUGAUGCACCCAAGAAGGCCGCCGUCACUUUGACCAAGGAGCAGCAGACCAUCUUGGACACCCACAACAAGUACCGUGCCCUCCAUCAGGCCCCUCCUCUGAAGUGGAACGCCAAUUCCGCUAAGUUUGGAAAGGACUGGAUCAAACAGUGCCAAUUUAAGCACAGCGGUGGACCUCACGGUGAGAACCUCGCAGCCGGAUACAAGAACUUCAAGGCUGCCGUCACCGGCUGGUACAGCGAGGUCAAGAACUACAACUACAAGCAACCUGGCUUCGGGUUGAACACUGGCCAUUUCACCCAAGUUGUUUGGAAGGGCACCAAGACCGUGGGCUGCGCCAAGAAGCUCUGCCCUAACUCCUACGGCUCCAAAUGGUACAUCUACAUCUGCGAGUACGAUGGCCCAGGCAACAUUGUCGGUAACAACGGUGCCUCCUUCAAGAAGAACGUCUUGCCCCUCAAGAAGAAAUAG